CCCGCUCCGUGGCGGCGCUCGCUUCAGACGCUGUAUAUCUCUUUCGUUUUUCCAGCCACGGAAAUCGGUGAACCGAUCUUUCUAUAGUUGAGAUUGGUCGCGUUUAUCUGUACUUUUUACCGCGGAUGGACGUGAACACAGUCACAAUUUAGCCUAGACAAAACAAGAAACCUUGCGGAGUGAAUCUAUUGGGACUGCUGCUGUGCAUUCGGACCACCAAGAGGAUCCUUCCUCUGCGCGAUAUUUUCCUCCUAUUUGGAGAGGAAGGGUGUUAGUUUUCGAAGUGAAAUCUCAACAGUUGGUUUCCAUUUGGGACUCAUAACGCGUUGGUCUAGUUUGUCACACACUUCACGUCAAGUUACCGAUAUCUAAAACAAAAGGAAAAUCUACGAAGUGCCACGAUCAAGCCCGUCUCUGUGCAAUGCCACAGUUGUCACAUCGGAGCCCAGAUGAGGAAAAAACAAAACCGUAGGCUAUAGCUUGCACUUCUACAGCACGCAUAUUUGCGCCGAUCACAUAGUGCUCUGACAGAAGCGGAAGAAGACUGAGAUACGGGAUAGUGGAUUUACCCGCUAGUGCAGUGUGAUUGUGUGUGUUGGUGAGCUGAGAGGAGCGCUCACUUAGACCAUCUCCCGCCGUCUGGUUGUCAUGUAGGCUACCUAACCGCCUGACUGCCCUCAGCAUCCGGUUUUGUGGAACAGAAGAAGUGGCCAACGGAACAUGACUCCACUGUUUCCUUGGUAGAUCAUAUGCACUUCCGGGUCCAGACGCUCGUCCACUGAUGUUCAUCUCCCACACCUGGCAGAGAGACCACCACUCAAUACUACUACAAUACCCACAUUUCCUGUCUGCACAAAGUAAGGACUUAGGUGUUGAAGCCCUUAGGUGACUUGGACUUCCUUGUUGUCCUAUUGAACUAUUUCCGCACUACGAGCCAGUUCUUAGUUUACAACUGUCACGCACAGUGAUCUUAGAGACAGUAGGCGAGUAAAGAGGAAAACAAUCCAACUACGACAAAAUGGCCAACAACACGGCGGACCACCCUCCCGGGAACUCUGUUGCCGAUGGCAACCAGGAGGGGGACUUUGGCAUCACGGUGAUGGACCUCCGAGAGCUGAUGGAGCUGAGGAGUGGAGAGGCCGUCACCAAGAUAGCCGACUCCUACGGAGACGUGCAGGGGGUCUGCCGCAGGCUCAAGACAUCGCCCAUCGAGGGUCUGUCUGGUAACCCAGUGGAUCUGGAGAAGCGCCACGCAGCAUUUGGGAAGAACUUCAUCCCUCCUAAAAAGCCUAAGUCCUUCCUGGCGCUGGUAUGGGAGGCCCUACAGGAUGUUACUCUCAUCAUCCUGGAGAUUGCUGCCGUAAUCUCCCUGGGCCUGUCCUUCUACCACCCCCCUGGGGGAGAUAGCGAGCUGUGUGGUGAGACAGCGUCAGGAGUGGAGGAUGAGGGGGAGGCGCAGGCGGGCUGGAUCGAGGGCGCCGCCAUCUUGUUCUCUGUGGCAAUCGUUGUCUUGGUGACAGCGUUUAACGACUGGAGCAAGGAGAAGCAGUUCCGUGGGCUGCAGAACCGCAUCGAGCAGGAGCAAAAGUUCACCGUCAUUCGCAAGGGCCAGGUCAUCCAGAUCCCCGUGUCCGAACUGGUGACAGGAGACAUCGCCCAGAUCAAAUAUGGUGACCUGCUGCCAGCUGAUGGUAUCCUGAUCCAGGGCAACGACCUGAAGAUCGAUGAGAGCUCUCUGACUGGCGAAUCAGACCAAGUCAGGAAGUCCCUGGAGAAGGACCCCAUGCUGCUGUCCGGCACCCAUGUGAUGGAGGGAUCAGGCCGAAUGGUGGUGUCUGCGGUGGGUCUCAACUCCCAGACUGGAAUCAUCUUCACUCUGCUGGGGGCGGGAGACAGCGAUGAGGAAAAGAAGAUCAAGAAAGGUAAAAAACAAGGACCCCCCGAAAAUCGCAACAAAGCUAAGACCCAGGACGGCAUUGCCCUGGAGAUCCAGCCCCUGAAGAGUGACGAGGCGGUUGAGUCUGAGGAGAAGGAGCCUGAGGUGGAGGUGAAACGGGUGAAGAAGGUUCAGGUCAACAAGAAGGAGAAGUCUGUGCUGCAGGGCAAACUCACCAAACUGGCCGUGCAGAUCGGGAAGGCAGGUCUGAUCAUGUCAGCUGUGACGGUGAUCAUUCUCAUCCUGUACUUCGUGAUUGACACGUUCGGGGUGCAGGGUCGCCCAUGGCUGAAGGAGUGUACCCCCAUCUACAUCCAGUACUUUGUCAAGUUCUUCAUCAUCGGAGUCACUGUUCUGGUGGUGGCUGUGCCUGAGGGGCUGCCCCUAGCUGUCACCAUCUCUCUGGCCUACUCUGUCAAGAAAAUGAUGAAGGACAAUAACCUGGUGCGUCACCUGGAUGCAUGCGAGACCAUGGGGAACGCUACCACCAUCUGCUCUGACAAGACAGGCACCCUCACCAUGAACCGUAUGACCGUGGUGCAGGCCUACUUGGGAGACACACACUACAAGAAAGUACCGGAACCUGACGUCAUCAAACCAUUCACUCUGGAAGUCAUGGUCAACAGCAUCGCCAUCAACUCAGCCUAUACCACUAAGAUUCUGUCCCCAGAGAAGGAGGGAGGUCUGCCCCGCCACGUCGGCAACAAGACAGAGUGCUCCCUAUUGGGCUUUGUGCUGGAGCUGAAGAGAGACUACCAGCCAAUCAGGGACGAGAUUCCCGAAGAGAGUCUGUACAAGGUGUACACCUUCAACUCGUCCCGUAAGAGCAUGAGCACGGUGCUGAAGAACACAGACGGUAGUGGCUUCCGCAUGUACAGCAAGGGAGCCUCCGAGAUCGUCCUACGCAAAUGUUCUCAUAUCCUGAACACGAACGGGGAGCCACGUAUCUUCAAGCCUAAGGACCGUGACGAGAUGGUGAAGAACGUGAUUGAGCCCAUGGCCUGUGACGGUCUGAGGACAAUCUGUGUGGCCUACAGGGACUUCCCUGCCGAGGCAGGAGAACCAGACUGGGACAACGAGGGCGACAUCCUUGAUGAGCUCACCUGCAUCUGUGUGGUCGGCAUCGAGGAUCCCGUCAGACACGAGGUACCUAAUGCCAUCCUCAAGUGCCAGAAGGCCGGCAUCACCGUGCGCAUGGUUACCGGGGACAACAUCAACACUGCCCGCGCCAUAGCAACCAAGUGUGGCAUCCUGUUGCCGGGUGAGGACUUCCUGUGUCUGGAGGGCAAAGAGUUCAACCAGCUGAUCCGUAAUGACCAGGGAGAGGUGGAGCAAGAGCGUCUGGAUAAGGUGUGGCCCAAGCUGCGUGUGCUGGCUCGCUCCUCUCCCACUGACAAACACACUCUGGUCAAAGGUAUCAUGGACAGCACCGUCCUCGAGACACGACAGGUGGUGGCUGUGACAGGCGACGGAACUAACGAUGGCCCCGCCCUAAAGAAGGCCGAUGUCGGAUUCGCUAUGGGUAUUGCCGGUACAGAUGUGGCUAAGGAAGCAUCUGACAUCAUUCUGACUGACGAUAACUUCACCAGCAUCGUCAAGGCUGUGAUGUGGGGCCGCAACGUCUACGACAGCAUCUCCAAGUUCCUCCAGUUCCAGCUCACUGUCAACGUGGUGGCCGUCAUCGUGGCCUUCACUGGCGCCUGCAUCACACAGGACUCUCCUCUGAAAGCAGUGCAGAUGUUGUGGGUUAACCUGAUCAUGGACACCCUGGCAUCCCUGGCUCUGGCCACUGAGCCCCCCACCGAGUCCCUGUUGCUGAGGAAGCCGUACGGCCGCAACAAGCCCCUGAUCUCCCGCACCAUGAUGAAGAAUAUCCUGGGUCAUGCCGUCUACCAGCUCACCAUCAUCUUCACCCUGCUGUUCGCUGGAGAGAACUUCUUUAACAUUGACAGCGGGCGUAACGCGCCUCUUCACUCACCACCAUCGGAGCACUACACCAUCGUGUUCAACGUGUUCGUCAUGAUGCAGCUGUUCAACGAGAUCAACGCCAGGAAGAUCCACGGAGAGAGGAACGUCUUCGAGGCCAUCUACCGUAACCCCAUCUUCUGUAGCGUGGUUAUGGGAACCUUCAUCCUGCAGAUUGUCAUUGUCCAGUUUGGAGGAAAGCCCUUUUCCUGCACAGCUCUGAGCAUUGACCAGUGGCUCUGGUGUGUCUUCAUUGGAGUGGGAGAGCUGCUCUGGGGACAGCUGAUCACAGCCAUCCCCACCCACCGCCUGAAGUUCCUGAAGGAAGCUGGCCACGGCACCCAUAAGGAGGAUGUUCCCGAAAACGAGAUGAACGAGGGGGAUGAUGAGAUCGACCAUGCUGAGAUGGAGCUCCGUAGGGGACAGGUCCUCUGGUUCAGGGGACUCAACCGCAUCCAGACUCAGAUGGACGUGGUCUAUACGUUCCAGACGGGUCAGGCUCCGGUCCCGGGGGCAUUGAGACGCCAGCCCUCUGUGGUCAGCCAGCACAACGACAUUAAGGUGGUCAAUGCGUUCCGUAGCUCCCUUUACCCGGGGCUAGAGAACCCAGAAUCCAGAAACUCCAUCCAUAACUUCAUGGCCCACCCUGAGUUUGUCCCCCUGUCUGAGGAGGAGGCGCAGAUCCCUGAGAGAGAGGAGUCCAGCAGCGAUGAGGCGGAUAUGGAGAUCCAACCCAUCCCCAGCUCCUCGACUGGGGGGGGAGAAGCUCCAGACGUCAGCCACGAGACCUCCUGCUGAUCACCUCCUCUUUUCUCCUCCGCUCUGAUCUAUCCAUCCACCCGUCGGCCAGCUGGCUCCCCCCCUGCAGUUCCUCUCCUCCACCAUGAGGAGGACCAGCGGUGCGCCCCUCAGAUCCUUAGACUCAUCCCACAGAGGGUGCACCCAGAGUGGGCAAGGGGUCCCGGUCCCAGCGCCUCUCCCUCUUCACCUCUUCCCUCCACUUCCUGAACCCUACAUCCACCUUUCACCUGACCACCCCCACCUUGCCAUUCUCAUCGGCUUGCACUGACUGUGUCGCGUGUGCCCUUUAAGUCUGUGCAGAAGAGUGACAUGCAGAGCAUCCAAUCACAUUGUGCCCCUAACUCAUGGGUGGGAAGGACCAUUUGGGGUCCACCAAUCUGCUCCGUCGAAGGCCGUAGCCUGUCCUUCUGUCCAUCUUUGGGGUUUUAUAUCAGUUUUUUUUUUGUUUGUUUUUUUAACCUCAGAGUAGCCUAGAACUGAAACGCAACAUGUUUAUCCUUCUGUACUAGCUUAUACUCUGCAUACACUAACUGGCACAGAACUUUAAGAAUAUACCCAUGUGUACAUUAAUAUUGUAUGUACAUACAUGUAACUGCCAAAAUAAAGAAGACACUUAAGUGAGGGAUACAAAGUAUAUUGAAAGCAGGUGCUUCCACACAGAUGUGGUUCCUGAGCUAAUUAAGCAAUUAACAUCCCGUCAUGUAUACAAAUACCCAGUUGCCCAUUAUUUUGGCUUCCAUGGUUGGAAGAAGAGGCCUCAAAGGAGCAUAGGGGGUUUAAAGUGUGUGUACGUGUCUCAGUCCCUCGAUCUCAACCCAACUGAACGCUUAUGGGAGAUUCUUGAGCUGCGCCUGAGACAGCAUUUUCCACCACCAUCGACGAAACACCAAAUUAUGGAAUUUCUCGUGGAGGAAUGCUGUCACAUCCCUCCAAUAGAGUUCAAGACACUUGUAGAAUCUAUGCCAAGUCGCAUUUAAGCUGUUGUGGCAGCUCGUGGUGGCCCAACGCCCUAUUUAAGACACUUUUGGUGUUUCCUUUAUUUUGGCAGUUAACUGUAUAUAUGCUUUAUAGGCUCAACGCUCCAAGCUGAUUGGAUGAUCAGAUGUACAUGGCCCAUGUGAUUAACAGCUUUCAGCUACUAAGUUUCUCUUCUCUAUUUCUCAAUCUGUGUUUUAAUUGUACAGCAUGUAUGCAUUUGAUCUGUUUUGAAGCAGGAUGUACUAAUGGGUUACUCAGUUCAAUGCAGGAAACCAUGUCUUCAUUGAUUCUGACACACUACAGCGUUUCAACAAUAUAGGUUCAAUCAUCUAAACAUUUCUCACUUUAAUUUGGUUCUUCUGGGUCCAUUUGACAUGAUUCCAUUAUGAUUUAUCCUGUUUUUGUUGAAGGACAGUGUAAAGAAUGCUAUGAUAUUUUAACAGAAAAGUGAAUUCUCUUAAAACAACAUUUUCAAAGUAAAGCUUGCAGCAGGCUAGAGCCAGAGGGCACCCCCUCUCUGUGGAGCAGGGUCAUGGCAAGACGAUGUGGAGGUAUCUCCCUCAUCCGAUGACCUCAUGCUUAUCUCAUCCAAUCAGGGUUCUGGUUUUCCCCAGCCCCUUGAGAGUAAGUUGACAGCUUAUGAAACUGCCUCUAUGGAGUACGAUUAAGAACGUCAGAGUGAAGUGAAUGAUAUUUCACCCCCAUCGCUCGUAUUCAUGACGUAUAUUAUCUGUGUUUCAUCUGUGUUGAGUAGAAUGGGAAUUUAGAGAUGGGUUAUGUGAAACAUUAUUUGGGGUGGGGUUAGGACGUACGUAUUCCUGUGGACAGAAAUGGGUCAUUGUUUUUGCUUUAGUCUGUCUCAACAAAAAAAAUCCACAAAAAAUUAACAAGUCCACACAAAUACAUUCUCUGUACCUUAACAAGACAAAUCUAGUCCUCGUUUUACACUGUCGACGAAGGGGCGUUGGGCUUGUUCCUGUUAGCUAGCGGUGUGAGUGUGUUGUAUGUUGUUAUCGAGCAUCACUGUGUUGGCUGCAGAGUGACACAGGGGACUAUCGAUCUCUCCCAUCAUGCCUCUGGGAGAGCCAACCGUGAGCGGCCCAGAUAUAAAUCCAAUAUCUCCCCCCUCCCUCCUCACCCGGCACCGCUCCCUCCCACCCUCCCUCCUCCGGGCUGCUAGGAUAGGGACACAGCACAUCCCCACAUGUCAACCAACCACAGGUAAUGGUGUAACAAUAAGAGGAAUACUCUAAGAAGAAGAAAAAUAGACUCAACCAGAGCUGUGUAUGAGAGCUCCUGUAUUCAGUAGUGUAUGUUGUCGUCAGAGGUGUCAUGCCCGUAGGGGGCACAGGGGCACGUGCUCCCUCAGAUUUGUCAUGUUUUGAAAGAUCUUUUUUUGGGGGCCUUUUUUUUUCCUCUCUCUGUAAUACUACUAGGCACUUAGCAAUUUUAUAUAACUAGCUACCAAGAAACCAUUUCAGGCUAUCAAUACAGUUAGAGUAGCUAGCUUGUCGUC